AUGGGAUGCGACUGUUGUUCCCCAUCGGCACCUGCCCCCGGGCCUGAUUUUGACUCGGUUCCAAUUAAGGAGGAGACAAGCAGUUGCCAGGAUGCUUGCUGCGAUAGCGACGACCCCGCGUCUCUCGACACCACAGCGCCGGGUCAACGAGGGCCCACUCUGGAGAAGCCAGAUGAUGGCUGCCCUCCCGGUGAGUUCACUGACAAUAAAACCGAGAAUGAUACCAACGCACCUGACUGUUGCCGUGGCAAAGUCAACCCAUGCUGCGACACGUCUUGCCUCGACCGCUUAGCUUUGCGGGAAUGCGAGGUGAGUGUUGGGGCUGCCCACCGCCCAGACGGUCAGCCAACCACUUGCGGUGGAGCUGCCGGCCCCAAGGCAUGCAGCCAGCAUGGUCUCUCUGUCCUCGACCGCUAUGGCGCUAUUCUACAAGCCCUGGGAUGUAUCUGCCGUACGCUCAUCGCCCUUGGCCAGGAAAGCUGCUGUGAAAUCCGCGAGCGCUGUUCCUUAGACGGGAAGCAGUGCUCCAAAAAGUCAUCUGUUGACUUCCUUAAUCGCAAUUCACUGGAUUCCUGCAGUCGCAAUGAUUCCGUCAUCAUAGACGGGGCGACCCAGAGGCAUCUUCGCAUGCGAAGGGACAUUGGUGGAGUUGUCAGGUCUACCAAGAAGCCGUCCGCGGAUUCCCGCGUUGUCUCUUCUCAUUCGAAGGACAAGCACACUAAAGAGCCGCCCGUGAAAAGUAAGUGCUCGAAGCCGUGCUGUUCUGAGGGCAAACCUGUCAAGGAACCUCGGCCAAAGAGUAACUACGCCGAUUCUUGCUGUAUGGACAACAUGGCUAUAGAGGAUGGCCCAAAGGAAACCCAAUACUCCCGUUCUUGCCGCUCCGAAGACCCGGCCGCUACGUCUCCAUCCGCCGAGUUUUGCUACUCCUUCGAAAAACCCGAGAAGCAGCCAGCUGCCCAGACUGGGAGCCUUGAUUUUUGCUGCUCGGAGACUUCCCAUGUCAGAGAAUCCCCUCCCAAGGCCGGCUGUCUCGGAUCUUGUUGCUUCAGAGACCAGCGUGCCAAAGACAUUGAUGACAAGAGCAAUCAUGGGGAUUCGUGCUGUUCAAAGGUCAACCCCGUUGUUGAGCCCCCUACUAAUAAGUGUGCUGGAUCUAGUUGCAGAGCAGCUAAGAAUACGAUCAUGAAAAAGCCGCCCAAUACCGCCUUCUCUGGCUCUUGCUGCAAUUUACCGACGCAGGAUAUCGUGAAGACGCCAAAGACUAAUUCAGCGGGUUCUUGCUGUGCAGAAAGACAGCCGGUCAGCCCUCAAGUUUCUCGCCCCGAUGCUUGCUGCUCCGUUACCUCCAGUCCUAGUUUAGAGAUUGAGGAAGCUCCGAUUCAGGCUAUCACCGACAUAGAGAAUCAAGGUACCGGCCAGGAACAUGUUGUUCUCAGUAUUUCUGGCAUGACUUGUACCGGAUGCGAGACAAAACUCAACCGAACUCUCGCUACUGUCGCCGCCGUCAAAAACCUGAAAACCAGUUUGGUUCUUUCACGAGCCGAGUUCAACAUUGAUCUUUGCCUUGGCUCAGUAGAGGAAGUCAUGAAACAUCUGGAGCGAACGACUGAGUUCAAGUGCGAGAGAGUCCAGAACCAGGGAUCUAGCCUAGACUUUAUCAUCUCCGAUGUGCCCUCAGAAUUCAUUAGUCAGAAAUGGCCGGACGGGGUUAUUGACAUGACGCCUGUGGACAAGCAGAUCGUGCGAGUCGCGUUUGAUCCAAAGAUCGUGGGCGCUCGAGAUCUCAGCGAGAAGAUUUGGGGUCCGCCAAUUGAACUUGCUCCUCCGCGCGGUGACCCCUCACUAGAGGCUGGCAGCAAGCAUGUUCGUCAUGUCGGAUACAUGACACUUCUCUCCGUUGUCUUGACGAUUCCGACCCUGGUCAUAGCAUUGGCUCCGCUUCCUGAGAGGGAGGUGGCAUAUUCCUCGGCUUCACUCACUCUGGCCACUCUUGUUCAAGUUGUUGUAGCAGGACCUUUUUAUCCCAAGGCCCUGAAGGCUCUCAUUUUCUCGAGGGUUAUCGAGAUGGACCUCUUGAUCGUCUUGAGCACUAGUACUGCCUACAUAUUCUCGGUGGUCUCCUUCGGGUACCUCAUUGCAGAAAACCCCCUUUCAACUGGUCAAUUCUUUGAAACGAGCACUCUCUUGGUCACCUUAAUCAUGGUUGGUCGAUGGAUUGCCGGUCUUGCUCGUCAGAGAGCUGUUGAAUCCAUUUCUAUCCGGUCACUCCAGGCAUCGACAGCUAUCCUUGUCGACAAAGAGAGCGGAACGGAACGGGAAAUUGACGCCCGACUUCUUCAAUACGGUGACACCUUCAAAGUUCUCCCUGACAUCAGAAUCCCGACCGACGGCACUGUCAUCUAUGGGUCGUCUGAGGUUGACGAAUCCAUGCUUACUGGUGAAUCUAGACCUGUGGAGAAAUAUCCCAAGUCUGUAGUGAUAGCUGGGUCUAUCAAUGGCCCUGGAGUUAUGACUGUUCAACUGAACCGUUUGCCUAGCGAUAAUACUAUUAACGCUAUCGCUGCGAUGGUCGAUGAGGCUAAACUGUCGAAGCCCAAGCUGCAGGAUCUAGCAGACCGGGUAGCAUCCUACUUCGUCCCGGUUGUGGUGGCAUUGACGAUCAUCACGUUCGUCAUCUGGGUUGCAGUGGGCCUGACUAUUCGUGGAGAUGAUGGGUCCGAAGCUACAAUUCAGGCUAUCACAUAUGCUAUCACUGUCCUCAUCGUCUCUUGCCCCUGCGCUAUUGGACUGGCCGUUCCUAUGGUCAUUGUGAUUGCUAGCGGAGUCGCGGCGGAAAGGGGUAUCAUCUUCAAGUCUGCAGAUGCUAUUGAAGUGGCUCAUAAGACAUCGCACGUCGUGUUUGAUAAGACUGGGACCUUGACUCGGGGAAGGCUAUCCGUCGUCGCGAAGGACUGCGUCGACGAGGACAGGCUGCCACUUCUUCUAGGCCUCAUCGAAAACAGUCGACACCCAGUCUCAGUUUCUGUGGCUGCUUACCUCAAGGAUACUGGAGUUAUGGCCUCGCCUGUUCCUGAGCCCAAGAGCCUUACUGGUAAAGGUGUCGAAACCACCCUGGGCGGCCGGAAACUUCGAGCAGGCAAUUCUCGCUGGCAGAACUUAACGGAACAUGAACUUGUUCAACCAAUGCUUGCUCAAGGAUACACUGUCUUCUGCUUUACUAUCGACAAUGCGUUGCAUGCGGUCUAUGCUCUUGAAGAUGAGCUUCGACCUGACGCUGCGGGGGCGAUUGAGACCUUGCAGAAGCGUGGCAUCUCGGUACACGUGGUUUCUGGCGACGAUGACGGAGCUGUUCAGACUUUAGCGUCCAUGCUUAGCAUUCCUGGCGACAAUGUUCGUUCUCGAAGCUCGCCCACCGACAAGAGGGAUUACAUCCAGACGCUCCUUGGUACAGGUGCAGACCGCAAGAAACCAGUUGUUGUUUUCUGCGGCGACGGCACGAACGAUGCCGUUGCUCUCGCGCAAGCUACGAUCGGCGUUCACAUGAACGAAGGCACAGAUGUCGCGCAAUACGCCGCGGAUGUGGUUCUCAUGCGACCUUCUCUGGCUGGCAUCCCCACCAUGAUGGACUCCAGUCGGAAAUCUGUCAACCGCAUCAAGUUUAAUUUUGCAUGGAGCUUCGUGUACAACACCUUUGCAAUCCUUCUCGCUACGGGUGCCUUUGUCAAUGCGAGAAUUCCUCCACAGUUUGCGGGACUAGGAGAAUUGGUGAGUGUGUUGCCAGUCAUUGCUGCUGCGUUGCUUCUACGCUGGCCGAAGAUCUAA